AUGCGCGCCGGCCGUGGAAGUAUUGGGAAGGUUGAGGUCGACUGCCGCUUCAUGUUUACGAGAUCCCCAAUGAGCCAACCUCCAGAUUGUAAGCUCGAAUCGGCCACCAUUACUGUGAAGCUUUCGGAGAACGACGGCGAAGAGGCCCGUAUUCAGCAACGCUCUGCAUGCCCCGUCCAGUUACCGACCAUUUCGGCCCGAACUACGGCGCCGGCGGUGGGAAAGCACAAGGAGAAGCUCGUGCAGACCCGCGGUCGCUGGGAUUUCUCGGGGUAUAUUUUAUCGACCAAGGACAGCAUGUGGUACAACGUCCUGCGAUGGGAGCUCAAGGAAAGCUCAUUGGAAUGGCAGCCAACACAUAGCAACCUGUUUCACACGGCGUUCGCGCUUGAGCACAACGCAACGAGGUUCUACAUGACAGUCCACGUCAGUGGCAAACUGGCCAAGUUAUCUCAAAAGAUCAAAGACAUCAAGAACCAGUUAAAGUUUGGGGAGAAGAGCGGCAGAACUCAAGAGAUCCGGCUGGACAAGUACGCUCAACAUCUGCACGCGGCUAUGGGAUACGCGAACAUGGAGAACGUCGCCCUACACAACGACCGCCCAGCGUACGACCUACCUCACGGUGCUGACCCUGCAGCAACUCAGCCUGGUGUCGGCCGGUUUUGCAGACGGCCCUCCGCAUCUGCCCCGUCUCCACAGCUAUCCACAAGCCCGCCUGCCGCGACCAAAGCCGACGAGGCCGAGGAGUUGUCAAGCUCGGUGACAUUGGUCAAUUCGGCAGUCCCGACUCAAGCAGACGGCGAGGGUAUCAUGUGGCUGGGCAUCACCGCGGUCCCGCUGUCUUGGUUGGGGCAGGCGGGCGUGUUGCUACUGGGGUUGGCUGGCGUCGUUGGGCUGCCUUCGAAAACGCAGUCCGGGACAUUGAAGGCAGAAAGACGGAAUAAGAGUAAGGUCAAGAGUGUCUAA